UUCCCGGAGGGCAGUGGGGGCUAGUGGUUAGAGCAGGGGGGACUGGGAGCCAGGCCUCCUGGGUUUUCUCUCGGGCUCUGACACUGAUUCCUAGGAUCCCAAGGACAGUCCCUUUGCCGGCCUGUGCCUCAGUGUCCCCCCCCAUGCAGCAGGGUAACUGCUCCCCUGUGCCUAUUCCAGGCUAUGGCUACACCACACCGCUCUCGGACUCCGGCAAAGCCUUCUGCAUCUUCUACGCGCUGCUGGGGGUGCCCUUCACCAUGCUGGUGCUGACGGCCACGGUGCAGCGCCUGGCCCGGCUCUUCACCCACCGGCCCCUGGAGUACCUUCGGCUGCGGGGCAGCUCAAGCUGCCCGGCGCAGGUCCAGGUCCACUUCUUGCUGCUGCUGCUGGCCGUGCUGGUCGCCUUCUUCCUGCUGCCGGCCGCCGUCUUCAAUGCCCUGGAGGAGACCUGGAGCUACCUGGACGCCUUCUACUUCUGCUUCAUCUCGCUGUGCACCAUCGGGCUGGGCGACUACGUGCCGGGCGAGCAGCCGGGCCAGAAACUGCGGGCGCUCUACAAAGUCUCCGUCACCGGUGAGCGGUGGGGCCGGAGGGAGGGGGGCAGUUCUUCCUGCUGCCGGCCGCCGUCUUCAAUGCCCUGGAGGAGACCUGGAGCUACCUGGACGCCUUCUACUUCUGCUUCAUCUCGCUGUGCACCAUCGGGCUGGGCGACUACGUGCCGGGCGAGCAGCCGGGCCAGAAACUGCGGGCGCUCUACAAAGUCUCCGUCACCG